CUCGCCGGGGCUCCGCUGCCGUCUCUUCUUCCAUGGGCGCCGCGCUCGCCUGCAGCCGCCGCCGCCGCGGGGCGGGCGCGAUGCCACGAUGGGCCUGAUCUGGCUCCUGCUGCUCAGCCUGCUGGAGCCCGGCUGGCCGGCCGCGGGCCCCGGGGCGCGGCUGCGGCGCGAUGCGGGCGGCCGAGGCGGCGUCUACGAGCACCUCGGCGGGGCGCCCCGGCGCCGCAAGCUCUACUGCGCCACCAAGUACCACCUCCAGCUGCACCCGAGCGGCCGCGUCAACGGCAGCCUAGAGAACAGCGUCUACAGUAUCCUGGAGAUAACAGCGGUGGAAGUGGGCAUUGUGGCCAUCAAGGGGCUAUUCUCCGGACGCUACCUGGCCAUGAACAAGAGGGGACGGCUCUACGCUUCGGAGAGCUACAACGCCGAGUGCGAGUUCGUGGAACGCAUCCACGAGCUGGGCUACAACACCUACGCCUCCCGGCUGUACCGCACGGUGCCCGGUGGACGCGGGGCCCAGCGCCAGCCCGUCGCCGAGAGACUGUGGUACGUGUCGGUGAACGGCAAGGGCCGGCCCCGCAGGGGCUUCAAGACGCGCCGCACACAGAAGUCCUCCCUGUUCCUGCCGCGCGUGCUGGACCACAAGGACCACGAGAUGGUGCGGCUGCUCCAGGGCUCGGCCGGGUUCCGCGGUGGCCUGUCCAGGCCACCCGGCAGGGCCGCCCAACCCAGGCAGCGGCGGCGGCCACAGCGGGGGCAGCAGCAGGGCCGGGGAGGCAGAGCUUAGCCCCGGCCCCUGGGGAGCCGAGGCCUGGAGGGUCCUGGCCCCACGGCUGGGCUCGGGGCUCACGCCAUCUGGUUGGAGGGUGUGGACUAGCCGACGGAUGCCUCGUGUCCAUGAUCAAAGCUGACCCUGUGCACACAGGGGUCCACUCCAGACUCUUCCCUGCCCCGCCCCUUCCCACGCCGGGCUGGCUGCCCUUUCCAGGGCCAAUGGAACACGUACCCAACCCUCCCUGCUUCUCUCAAACAAGGAUCGCUUUGGAGCUAGGGGCCCGAGUUGUGGCUCAGAGGGAGCUGCUUUCAACCAAGACUGGGGGUUUAGGUUGGCCAGGAAUGCCCUUCACGGAGGCCCCCCCUGAGGCCCAGAGUCCCAGCCUAGGAUGCAUCUCCCGGCGGUGCCGCUGUGGGACCGCGGGGGUCGGGGGGUGCUCAAAACAUGAGAGUAUUUUAUUCUACUCUGUUAUUUAACAGACGAUGAUGCAGCCUGAGGACACACUUGCAGUUUAACUCGAACGUCUUUGCUUGUGAUGAUGGCAGAGUCUGUGCCAAAUCCAUGUUUG